CGAUUUGAAUUACCUACUGGUUACUACACUUGACAAUUUACAAGAUACAACUGUGUUGUUUAGUGCAUGUGGCAUUGUGAUGUGUGUUUUUGGAGGAUUUGUGGAUGUUGUUGGAUAUUGAAUGGAUACUUUGGCAACAACGAAUGAGCACGGGAUACGUGCUGUGCAUGAAGGCCUACAAAGAUGGUAAGAAGGAAAUCUGAACCAAGUAGAGGUGGUCCAUAUGGCGCUAGCACCAGUUCACCACAGAGUACCCAAAAAAGAGGAGUAAUAACACGUAGUCGGCACCAACACAUUCCUCAAAGAGAAGUAGAGGCACACAGACAGCCCCACAGCGAUCCUGAGAAUGAAGUACAAACACCUGAAAAACGGUUCUCCAGAAGCAGCCUCUUGCUGCAGGGUUCAGAAAGUUCAACUCAUGUGAGAAGGAAGAGAGCAACAAAACCUGGCUUCAAAGCACUUAAAGAGAUAAGGAAGUAUCAGAGAUCAACUCAACUAGUAAUACCAAAGACACCAUUUGUCCGUUUGAUUAAAGAGAUUCUGAUGACUGUUUCAAGAGAAACCCGUGUUAGCAGAAUUGAAAGAUCUGCUGUGGAAGCUUUGCAGGAAGCAGCGGAAAUGGUUAUUGUACAGUUAUUUGAAGAUGGCAUGCUCUGUGCAGUACAUGCAAAGCGAGUAACAUUGUUCUGUCGUGAUAUUCAACUAGUUCUCAGGCUGACAGGAACUCGUGUCUUUGGGACGAAUUAAUAAUAUAUGUCUGUUCAUUGGAUACAUUUUUUCUGUUGUAAUUUUCUGUUAAUGUAUGACAGCAUCCUGGUUCAUGGAUACUAUUGUAAUAGUUAAGUGCCAUCAUUGACUUUGGAAAGUGGUUUCUCUACAUAUAACAUUUUCAGCUGUCAUUUAUGAAAGUAAUCUAAUGAUGUUAAGUUUUAUAAUAAUUUAAAAGUCAACAGAUUAUUUUUAUAUAGAAGCCAUCAAUAGUAAAUACAAACAUAUAGUGAUUUUCUUAGUCUAGACUGGUGAAACUGUGAAGUGUAUGUGUACCUUUCCUCAUAAAGUUAUGACAUUACAGAAAUGUACAGGGUGACUAUCUUAAUCUUAGAACAGAUGGAUUGGAGAGGGGAGGGGAGGGGGGGCACAGACAAGCUGGGUCUGACAGUCCCACAUUUUAUUUAUAUUCCAAAAACGACAUAAAUAUUAAGCAGCAGUGCCAAAAAUACUUCUUUUACUGUUUGUUUGUUUGUUUUUAAAUGUACCAUAUGUUGCCUUAAAAAUAAGGUUGUGUUCCACCAAAAAUCUGAAAAUUAAAUUAUUCAUUAUUUAGAAACCUUCUUAAACAUUUACACAUUAUAGUGCAUAGUAUGAGCUGAUAAAAAAUGAAUCACUUUUUAAGACAUAUGUGUUACUGAUCUGUACUGUCUACACUAUCUUUGCACAACAUUACAGAUUAGAACAGACCCAGACAUUUUCCACAACUUUAAAAAUUUUUUUUGUUUGAUUGUCUUUGCAUCUACGACAAUGACCUCAUUCCCUUUUGGAAAAACUUUCUUCUCAGUGGUAAUCACAUAUAGUUGUGCUGCCAACUUAUGAAUGUUUCUUGGGAGAUCCUUCUGGUUAGCUGUUUGUGCCAUGUCUGUCUUAUCCAUAUCAAAUCCAGUUGCUUGAGAAAUAGGUUUCUUGAAAUACCAAGUUCCGUGUUUUCUUUGUGUACAACAAACAAAUUUAUACCAGUAAUGUUCAAAAUAGCAUAAAACAUACACAAUGGCCUGAGUCUUGUUUGGCUUCCAACAUUAUAUUCUGAGCACCUGGCAUCAACUUCGUCCACUCCACUCUUUGUUGAAUUAUAGAACAUGACUCUCUCUUGCCUUCUUUAAAUAGUCUGUUUCUUCAUUGAUUUUAUUGUUUGUAUGCAUCAGCAGGGUUACGCAUCUAUUUUUCUUUUGUACAUAUGACAUCAAAUAAGGUUGAAAUCUGUGAAGUUUUCUAGCAAGAUUGUUGCUUUUGAAUGAAUUGUCAAGGCUAAUAUUCCUCCCUGUUCCCUUCAUUGGCUCUACAAGCCUGACCACAACAUUGUCAGCUGCAUUACUCACUUUAAAAAACUGCAAGUUACUAUUCCACAUGUACUUCCAAAUUUUUUUCAUCUGCCAAGAUAAAUAUUUUGAUCCCUAGUUUCCAUGCUAUGAAGCAAUAAACGUUCUGAAAGAACAACAUUCCAAAAAGAUAGUAACAUUUCACACACUGUAAGAUAUUCACUUGUUGCAUAAUGUAUUCUGCAAAUUUUGUGACCCCCUUCAUAACAUCACUUAUAGGGACUAACUUCUCACUUUCUUUAUGUUCUUAGCUUAUAUUGUUCAAUCUGACCCUUCUCAGAAGAAAAACAAAAUCUUUUCAGUGACAUACUUGGAGGAAUGAUUUGUUCCUAUGCCACAAGAGUCUCAAAAUUUGUCCAUAUUUGUUUUACCACCGUAAAUAAAUAUACAAAAGACUAAAAAAUGCUUUAAACUCCUCUUUUUUGAAGUUUCUUGGAAUAUGUGGGUCACUUUUGUAAAGAGAUACUACGUGAGCUACUUACGUAUUUGUCCUCUCUAAUCAAAUGAACAGUUUUCAGGCCUUGACAGUGAUGUUAGCUUUUCUGGCUCAGUCACUGAUACCAAGCAAAUGUGUAACUAUAUUGUAAGAUUUGAAGUGAACAUUUUGCUUGGGAACAUUUUUCAGGCAUUUAAUUUGUACCUUUCUCCACAAACUGUAAGAUAGUGAUUCACUGGAAGAAGGAUUGCAACUAAUCAUACUAGUUUACAGAGAAUCUCAAUUAACGUUAAUGAAUGUACUCAUAUUUAUGACAGGAAUGUCAUUAUCUUCAUUGACUGAGAGACCCAGUUUGUCAGUUCUAGGGUGAACGGCUAACAUGCCAUAGUCAAUUAAAAAAAUUGUUUUUAAGCCUUUUUUUAACCUCUUAGGCCUAAAGAAAACAUCUUUAUAUUGAUUUUUUUCUAUGGAAAAUACACUUUGACAAUCGAAGGAGAUCUUUUUCCUAUGUCUUUUUAUAAUCACUCUCUUAAAGUAAUUAUGUAGUCAAAUAAAAACAUGUGCAAUUAUAUUUUUCUAAAAAUAAACACAAAAAUUAUAAAUAUUGUAGCAGAAAAAGUGUUUGUGUGUUUGCUGCAUGGUAGUGGUUCCAGUAUAACAUACAGAGGUGUUGUUAUUCACCUUGUAUAAGCUCAUACCACUUACUGUGUUUUUCAGUAGUAUAAUUUGUUGUGAUUAGUGAUAGAAAUUCUCUAACAUAGUUAACAUGUGAUUUUUCAUGAAUUUUUAUUCAUGUAAGGAUGGUAACAUGAGGUUGCUGUCACAGUGGAAGUCUAAUUUGACAAGGAUAACAGGAAACACAUAUGGAACUUCUUGCCACCCAGCCAUUACUCAUACAAAUGUGCUCUAGGUAGAUGCACCUUUGUUGAAACUGACUGAGAAAUAGGUGUUGAAAGUAGACUACCGUAUUUACUCGAAUCUAAGCCGCACUUUUUUUCCGGUUUUUGUAAUCCAAAAAACCGCCUGCGGCUUAGAAUCGAGUGCAAAGCAAGCGGAAGUUCUGAAAAAUGUUGGUAGGUGCCGCCACAA